CUGGCUCGUGAUCUCCGCUCGAGCCGCCGCUGAUGUUUUUCCGGACAUCCCGGUCCCGUUCGUGGCAACUUCUCAUUGCGUUUCUGGCUUGCCUCCCCCGCGCCCUUCAGAUGCUUAAAACCUUCUUCUUCCCGCGCCCUCAGAUGCGAGCCCGCGCCUGCGAACGCCGAUGUCACCAAGGGAGCCGUAAUUCCACCCGAGAGAGAGUCUGGUGGUAGAUGAUCACACUUACGGCUCCGUUUGUGUGUCCUGGGAUUCACGGUGUAACAUAGAUCGAGUUGGAAUCGCAGUCCUGGCGCUCUCCGUUACGCUGCUUGCGGUCCUUUGAGCUGCUCUUCAGGGCAAGGAAACCUGUUAAAAAUCACUUGAAUAACAACAGCUGAGGCAGGGCUUCUAUUGGGAAAAGGCCCCGUCUGAGUAGAGGGCGGGAAGCUUGCAAUUAGCAAACCCUAAUUUCAGCUCGGUUAUUGGCUCUUUGGCUUUGGAUAAGUCUGCUCCCCUUGCCCUGCGUGUGGUGAAGGUGAUGCUCUGGUAUCGCUGGUGAAGCAGGACGUGUUUUUAGGGAAGGAGGCUUGGCACAUGCACCACACCCAAGAAUUCAGACUAUGGGAAGUGGGGGGCUGCUUGGCCACGUAACAGGGAGUCGGGGGACAACUUUUCAACACGCUGUUUGGUCUUGCCAGAGAUCAGAGUCAUUCCCAAUGUGCUUUGUGGUUUCUGUUCCCCAGAACAUGUCUCUGUCGUGUUUCUAUAACCCGCACUGUGGCGCCAUGAUGCAUGCCAAUGGCCACGGUGAAGUGUGGACAGACUGGAACAGCACGUCCAAGUUUAUCCAGUACGGCUGGAGAUGCACCACCAACGAGGAUGCUUAUUCCAACAAGACCCUGAUGGGGAACUGGAACGAGGAGCGGUUCGAUAUCCGAAAAAUUGUGCAGCCCAAACCACUCCCUUCACAGUAUGCUCACUAUUUUGAAACCAUUUAUUCAUCCGAUUACAACAAGGAGAAGCAUCACAGCCCAAGAAGAUUUAAACGAGAGCCUCACUGGUUUCCUGGACACCAGCCUGAGCUGGAACCCCCUCCAUUCAAACCUACUGCACGGUCCUGCUACAUGAUCGACUAUGAGCCUUCUCAAGGGAAAGCUCCCCUUGCUUGUGUCGAAGUCCCAAGAAAAGAACAGGAAGGGGCACAGCAGAAGGAGUAGAAGCAGAGCAAGUCUCCAGGCCUAUAGUUAGACCAGUAAACCCGUGUGCCAGUGCUGCUUAUAGGCUGCCCUUCCAAUUAUAACGUGUUUCUGAUAUUAAAAGCAAGCAGAAUGGAAAGCUGUGGUUCAUGUGACAUAGUCCCAGGACAGAGAGCUCCAGGAGCAUUCUUAAGCUGUAACAGGGUUCAGUCUGUAACUGCUGGUUUAAACGUUUGACUAGUUAUUUUUUCCACAAAAUCUAAGUAAAUAAAUGUUAACCUUAUUCCUGUCACUUUAUGGCUCAGGGGAUGGUUGUAACGUUUAGUUCAGUUGACAUUAGAGAUGUCUCUAAGUGACAGGCUCCAGUUAGGCAAAGAAAACAAACUAUCUGGGAAAAGGAAGCUUGUGCCUUAGUAAAAGGGAUGCAGUUCACGCUAACUUUCUUUCCCCUUUGUGGGCUGGAUGUACAGAAAUGCAACAAAACUAAUU